UUUUUUUUAUUGUUAAAGUUCUGAAGAAAUUAAUUUGCCAUGUCAACAAAAAGUAUACGAAAAUUGAAGAAACUUAUGAGAAAUAUACAAAAGAAUUGUUAAUAUUUUGUAGAAAACAUUUGAAGGAGGAAAGUUUUGUACUUUUGAAAGUAUGACGGACCAGCAACGUGCCUCGUUAUGUCCUCGCCUGGUGGACUAUAUGGCCAUCGUGGGCGCCCACACAACUCCGCCCAUGCCCAAGGGCAUGCAGGGCAGCAAGGGGCCACCAGUUCAGGUGCCCGAUUUAUUGCGUCGCUAUCCGCCAUCGGAUCACGCUGAUUUCCCAUUGCCCUUGGACAUGGUUUACUUUUGCCAGCCAGAGGGCUGCACCAGCGUCGGUCCCCGACGCACUGGCUCGGCCAUACGUGAUAUGACCUCAUUUGUAUUCGCAUUGACCGACAAGGAUUCGGGAAAGACGCGUUAUGGCAUAUGCGUUAAUUUCUAUAGACCCAUUGAGCGGCCUAGUUCUUCGGGAGCUGGCACAGAUCCGAGGGCUGGAAAUGGUGGGGCUGGUGGUCAUGGUGGUGCUGGUGGUGCUGGUGGUAUAGGCGGAGCAGCUGGCGGUGGGGCGCGAGGGCGACGCUCCUCAGCGUUUCGUCGUGAAUCCUGGCGCAAGAGCAUGGAACGGAGUUCAGAUUCAGCAUUUAGCAGCGACUACAGAAGUAACGUAGCGCCAAGUGAUUCGGAUCGUGAACUGACCUCACGUCGUGACUCUGAUCAACAGCGUUUGCAUGCCCAUCAGCAUCAGCACCCGCAGCACUCGCAGCAUCCAUCCUCCUCCUCGCAAACGGCAUCCAAACUGGGUCUAAUGGCACCCUCAGCGGACUCGGAAUCGGGUGGCAGUCAUUCGCCAUCGCCCCGUGCCUCUCGCAAACGUACCAAACUGCGUAAUCAAUCAUUGACCUCACUCUGCAUCAUAUCGCAUCAUCCGUUCUUUACGACCUUCCGCGAGUGUCUGUUCAUAUUGAAGAAACUGAUCGAUGCCUGCAACGAAUCGUCGUCGCCGAAACGUGUGGGCGCCUCUCAGAAAUUGAAUCGGGACAAUGUAUGGACCGUAUUGACGGGACAUGUCAGCGACGCGACACCAUCCAUUGUCCUUCACGAUGUCAGAGAGAUUGAGACCUGGAUAUUACGUUUGCUCUCCACACCUGUGCCUGUGCCAGGGUCAACGCGAGUUGAGGUGGAAGUUCUAUCACCAACUGUGCAUGAACCACUGCUCUUCGCCUUACCCGAUCAUACACGCUUCUCGCUGGUAGAUUUCCCCCUACAUCUACCGCUGGAAUUGCUGGGCGUUGAGACAUGCCUCAAGGUGUGGACCUUGAUUAUGCAGGAGAAUAAGGUUCUCUUUCAGUCACGCGACUACAAUGCCUUAUCCAUGUCGGUUAUGGCAUUUGUCACAAUGCUCUAUCCAUUGGAGUAUAUGUUUCCGGUUAUUCCAUUGUUACCCACAUGUCUCAGUUGCGCCGAACAAUUGUUGCUGGCGCCCACACCAUUUGUCAUUGGAGUGCCGGCCUCGUUUUUGAUAUAUAAAAAGAAUUUCCGGCUGCCCGAUGACAUUUGGGUUGUGGAUCUGGACUCAACAAAAUUAACACCACCGACAGGUGGUUAUGAGGAAAUUCCACCAUUGCCAGAACCAGAGGGAACCAUACUAAAAAAUCAUUUACGACAGGCUAUGCUACUUAUGGAUGAAGCUGGACUUGGUGCUCUCACCUCGAUGACUGCAACCAAUCAGGCGGUAUCUUCACAGCAAUUAUUGCCCUCGGUUAGGGACAGUCUACAAGAGCCGCCGUUGCUCGGAGUAUCUCAGGUUCGUUUGCCAUUGCAAACACCGCCACACUCUGCCCAGGCUAGUCAACGGAAUUCGGUGUCUGCCCAAGGGGCAACUGCCUUAAGCUCUCGUCAGCCCAGUCCGAUGAAUUCGCCCGCCUUGAAUCCAUUUGUCUAUGGCACCGAUGUGGAUUCAGUGGAUGUUGCCACACGUGUGGCAAUGGUGCGUUUCUUCAAUGCCCAAAACACAUUGGCCAAUUUCGCGGAGCAUACACGCACCUUGCGCCUCUAUCCACGUCCCGUGGUGGCCUUUCAGAUCAAUAGUUUCCUUAGAUCACGUCCGCGCGCCUCACAGUUCCUCAAUCAGUUUGCCCGCACUCAGGCAGUUGAAUUCCUAGCCGAAUGGUCGUUAACUCCAACAAAUGUGGCCUUUCUGCGCGUCCAGACGGGCGUCAUGGAUCCCAUGCAGGUGGGCGAUAAGCCCAAAUGGUUUGCCCACUCCCUGACGCCCAUUCGUUUCUCUGUAUGGGAUGAUGGCAGCUCAUUGAAUGGGGCAUUACGCUCUCUGAAACAGCUCGAAUGCCAGCCCACCGAUGAGAGUGGCUCCGAUUCGGAGGGUGCUGAUAGCAGCAGUUCCUCAUACAGUUCGUUAAGUGAUUUUGUCUCCGAGAUGGCAUCAUCGGAUCUGUCACCCAGUUUGCAUGAUGUCUUCGGAUCCUACAAUCGACCGCAUGUCGUCCCACAGACGUUGUCUUCAAAUUUAGAUCCUGCCUUGGUUUACCAUCCACCCAGUAAGCUGCAGUAUCCCGAAGGACUGGCUGAUCUUAGUGUUAGCAAAGAGGACGAAGAGCGUGCCGAUUCACCAGUUUCUUCAUCAUCCAGUCGCUCGGAUCUCAGUUCGCCUAGCUUUAAUCGCGAUUCGGAGUUUGAUUUUCAGUCAAAAGGCGGCCAGGGGACUCAGGCACAGCAGCAACCAUUCGAAAUGGCUACACCGCUGGCCAUGCGCUUAGAGGCGACCAUUAAAAUGGCCAGCAUUGAGGCUGAGUCCGAUGCAGCGGCAGUCACAGUUGUAACACCAAAAGCCAACAAAAUGCAGCGUAAUACAAGCGACAUAGAGCGUACCGAAAAGAAAAUACCGCCCCCAUUGACGCCGCCCGUGAAGCAGCCGAGUGUAAGCAACAUAUUGGCACGAACUGGCAGUUCGGGUUCCAGUUCUAGUAGUCCCGGCCGGCAGAGCUCACAGAGUUCACUUUUCGAGAAUUUCGCUUCACAUGCCAAGGAACUGGUGCGUGAGACAACGCGACAAAGCAGUCAAGAGGGUCUCUUGGCCCAUGUGGAUAAGCAUGCGCUGGACGAAGAUCUUGACGAUAAAAUGCGUCAUACCUUUGAAAAGUUUACCCUACAUGCCAAGAAAGCGGCUGGAGAGGCUUCCAAGCAGGCAUUGGAGGUAUCGAAGCAAGCGGCUGGUGUUAGCAAAAAUACCCUAGAGGAUCUUACCUAUGUGGGUAAAUCAACUUUGGGUGAUCUAACCAAAACAGCUAAAGAAGCUGCCACCAAGAAGGGUAUCAUUAAAAUUGAGGAACAUGGCCCUGGUAAUGCGGGAUCAGGUGUGCCUCUAGAGCAACAAAGAAGCUCUGUUUCUUCCACUGUUGGACCAGGCUCCCAAUUGGCCACCCAAAAGCAGGUUCAACAAAGCUCCAGCGCCGGUGGUGGCAACAACUUUUUCUCAUCCAUUGGCACAGAUUUCAAUGGUUUGGCCUCAUCGACAUCCACAAUGUUCUCGGGCAUGUUUGGCAAGAAGAACCAACAAAAACAAACAGCGGCUGCUGUGCAGCACAAAUCUUCAGCCAGUGUUUCAUCCGGAAAGAGUGGUAAAACUGGCAUCAAUUUCGAUCCAUUUCCAAGUCGCAAAGGUCUGGUCGAGCGGACACCUCUUAUCAAGCAUGCCGGUCCGAGACAGACGCAAGAGGAGCUGACUCGUCAACAGAAUCAGGAACGUUCGCACAGUAAUGCCGAGAAUCAGGCCUUUCUCAAAGAUGUCACCAAUCAGGUGCUGGCCGGAGAGGGCGUUGGUUGGCUGAAGCUCAAUCGUUUCAAAAAGCUCAUGGAGGACGAAUCCUAUCGGACUCUGGUGUUGAGCAAAUUGAAUAAGACAUUGGAUAAGAAAAUAGCCCCCGAUGAUCAUAUCGACGAUGUGUGCGUAACGAAACCGGUGUGGAAGGGCAUGCUGAAAUGUGUACAGGCCAUUGCCGGUGGCUUGGAUGUAACAUUUGGAAACUUUGGCUUGGGCGGCAUGGCCUCAGUCUUUCAAUUGAUGGAGGUGGCUCAUACACAUUUCUGGAGUAAGGAAAUCAACGAGGGCAGUGAUAUGUCUUCCAGUUUGCUAUCAAGUCAUGCGGCCAGCCCCAUGGGUAGUCGUGAAAAUUUACGUUCACCCAGUUCACCAAAUUGUCCACAUUCGGGUCUUGGUUCUGAAUGGGCUUCCCCACAAGAGUCACGCAAAAGCUCAACUCAUACAGCGGCAACAUCAGCGACCGCCAGACGUUUGUCAUCGGCGGACAGUCAGGAUGGGCAAUCGACAACGGAAAUGUUUAAGGAUAUGUUGUCCCAGAAGAGAAGUGUCUUGAAAAAUAUGCUCACCUCGUUUGAUUCAGAUGCUGCUGGCUCUACGGGUGCACUCUCCGUGGUCAGUGAUUUGCUUCCAGUUGGCAGCUUGAGCGUGCGUAUGCCUUCUAGCUGUCGCUCCACGGUCUCAGAUACCGAGUAUGAGAAUAAUACGACCACGUCAAAGGAUUCGAAAAGAAGUUCCGGUAACUUAUGGUCAGGCAAAUCGACUUUAAGUGCCGGCUUUCGUUAUACGGGCGGUCAUCUGAUAAAUACCUCAUCAUCUCCAUCACCGGACAGUCCGCGUGUAUAUCUCUUUGAGGGUCUGUUGGGUAAGGAUCGCUUGAAUCUCUGGAAUCAAAUGCAAUUCUGGGAAGAUGCCUUUCUCGAUGCUGUUAGCCAAGAGCGCGAUAUGAUUGGCAUGGAUCAGGGACCCAUUGAAAUGAUGGAACGUUACAAGUCGCUAAGUGAAUCGGAACGUAAGCGUCUUGAACACGAUGAGGAUCGUUUGCUAUCGACAAUGCUUUAUAAUCUGACUGCUAUAUUGGUUAUGCUGAAUGUCAAUAAAGAUGAAAUACGUCGCAAAAUACGUCGACUAUUGGGUAAAAGUCACAUUGGUUUGGUCUAUUCCCAAGAAGUUCACAAUGUUGUCGAUCAGAUUAACAAUUUGAACGGUAACGAUAUCGACUUGAAACCAUUGGGCUCACGUCUCUUGCAUCGUCAGAGCUUUACGGUACAUCAGGGCACCGAUGUGAAUGGUCCUUUACGGUUUAUGGAAGUGCGCGAUGACGGUUUGGUCUUACGCUCAGUCGAUGGCACCAUUGUGGAACGUUGGUGGUACGAACGUUUGGUCAAUAUGACGUAUUCACCGAAAACCAAAUUGCUUUGCCUUUGGCGUCGCAAUGGCGGUCAGACCCAAUUGCAUAAAUACUAUACCAGAAAGUGUAAGGAGCUUUAUAAUUGUAUUAAAGAGGCUAUGGAACGUGGUGGAACACCCACAAAUGUACCCGAAUUGGGCGGAGAAUUUCCUGUGCAGGAUAUGAAUACGGGAGAGGGUGGCCUAUUGCAGGUCUGUCUCGAAGGUGUCGGUUUGUUGUUCUCCAACAGCAAGGAUUUCGAGUUCUUUGUGCGUUUGGAUCAUAUACGCAAAUGCUUUACACAGAAAGGCGGCAUCUUUGUCCUGGAGGAGUACAAUCCCAAGACUCGCAAUCUAAUACAACGCAAAUAUCAGUCAAGUAUGUCGGAUCAGAUCUGUUACUCGGUGCUGUGCGUCUUCUCGUAUGUGGCCGCCGGACAGGAUCAGAAGAAAAAUCCAGUGGUUAUAACACCUCAAAUUCAGGAUAUACACGCACAGCAAAAGCAAAAACAUCAACAGCAAAGUAAGCAGCAACAGCAACAACAGCAACAGCAACAGGUGACUCCAGCUAAUCCCAUCAGUGCGUCGCAAAGUCAGCAACCAGCCAGAGUCAGCACUAACAAGCCACAAGGGGGCAGCAUCACCAUAAGACAUACAGUGCCCAUGCAGAAACCCACAAUAACCAUGUCGACAGUGCAACCACAGGCAAAAUUACCGACAACAACAACAACAGCAACGACAACAGCAGCAGCAGCGAUACCAACGCUAACAUCAGCAACAACAGUCGCAGCUGGAGCUGGAGUCGGAGCAGGUACAGGUAGCACAAAACCAACACUGGUGACCGCAUCGCCCAACCCGAUGACCACAAAUACCACACCCAGCCCCAGUGCCAGUCCCACUCCCAGUUUGGGGCAGUUGCCCCAACUGCCGCCACGAGUACCCUCACAACCAUCAACGGAAAGUCUAUCCACAAUCAGUAGCAUCAGUUCACCGCCACCCAAAAUGCGUACAGCUCCGCCGCCUGGCCCUCCGCCGGCCAUACCACCACGCACCGGAGCCAUUGCCCGCAGCGGUUCCAUGCAACAGCCAUCGGCACGUUCAUUUAUACGGCAGGCCUCGGCCAAUUCGACGCCGCCGCAAUAUACGCCACAACCGCCGCCACCGUUUGUCAUACCCAAGCGGCAUGGCGCUGGAUUGGCGCGUGCCUCCACUUUGACAACGGCCCAAGCAAUCGCCCAUCAUCCGCAGUCGCAGCAGCGCGCCAGCUACGGCAGCGUGUCCGCUGCGCUGCCAACAAUGCCGGAGGUGAGUGUUCCGGGUGGAUCUAAUGCCGGUGCUGGUGCCGCUACCGGAGCAUCGCCUCAAGCCCAUCGCAAACACUGACGAAGGAGUUCGUUCUUCAAAUUUAGUGGAAGUGGAGGCGGUGGCGGCGUCGCCGGUGGUGCCGGUCACGGCGAUGGUGGUGUAGGCGGCGGUGGUGGUGGCCAGACAGGCGAUGAGCCGCAUCCACACAGACGAGAGGUCUGUCGCACCAUAUGCAUACCCUGGCUAUAAGAAGAGACUCAUUUCCUCCUUCCAUGCGUUUGUCUCGCUCAUGCCAUCCUGUCGUUCACUUUAUAUUUAUAUCUACAUAUAUACAUAUAUAAAUAUAUGUAUUUAUUGAUUCAUGUUCUAGCCAAAUCAUAUCAUCAAUGGACAAAUGAAAUUUAAUUCCUGCUAAGCUUUAAAAACAAAAUAAA